AUUUUGUGUUACUUUUUUUAUUUUUUAUACCAUAAUGUUGGAUUAAUUAUUCCAUCAUUCUAUCCAAUAUUUCUGUGUUUGCGAAAGCAUGACAACUUUCAACCCUCCUGCCAUACAAUUACACUCAAAAGAAAAUUACAUUCCUUACUUAUUUUUGUUUUUUUAAAAGAAAAAUAAUUACCUCAAAAGAAAAAAAGAAAAUAAAUGAUAAAGAAAGCAUUUGAAGUUUUGUUGAACGCGGCUCACAUUCCAUAAGCUGAUUGGUCCCACUCCCACAUCCCUAAAAUUUCCAACAGCCAAAACCACCGCACACAGCUUAUGGCCGACAACUCCACCACCGUUGACUGGUCGGACCUCCCGCCGGAGCUCCUCCAAACCGUCGCCACAAAUCUCCCCGCCCUCGCUGACUACAUCCGCUUCCGCGCCGUCUGCCACAACUGGCAGCGCGCUGCCCCAAUAUCCUCGCCCUAUAUCCCGCGCGAAUUCCCAUGGCUCAUGCUUCCCUUGAACCGCUCCUCCAAUCGCCGCGGCUUCUUCAACCCCUUGACUAACAAUCACCACCGCCUGACCCUCCCCGAAGCCUCGCACAGCCGCCGCCGCGCCGGAUCGUCGUUCGGCUGGCUGGUUCUCAUCGACGAGUCGCCUUCUAUUUUCCUCAUUAAUCCCCUUACACGCGACAGAAUCUCUCUCCCGCCCCUUUCAUCCUUCCCAAACGUGACGAAUUUCGACUUCUACAGUAUAGGAAGGGAAUACACAGUCCGAUCGCCGGAAAAUGAUCUCAAUUUCUACAGUCUCAAGGAAAUGCGCGACGCUUUUAUAAAAAAGGUGAUUCUUUCUCACAGUCCGUACGAUAACCCCAAUUUCUUCGCUUUCGCAAUUCUUAAUCGGCAUGAAAAUCUCGCUUACUGUAAAAAUGGACACGAGUCGUGGAGAAUUAUAGACGGAGCACAGACCUACAGUGAGGAUGUGAUUUAUUUUAAUGGCUCAUUCUAUGCUGUUGAUAAAUUUGGCUCAAUUGCAAUUUGUGAAUUAGAUGGAGAUUCACCUGUGGUGAAGUUUAUCAAUGUGGAGCAACAAAUUGAUGGAGAUAUGAAGUAUUUGGUGGAUGCAAUGGGCGAUCUGUUGUUGGUUGCUAGAUAUUUGGACUUUGAGAUUGAAAUUGAGUACUAUGUAGAAGUGUGCAAGACGGUGAAAUUUCGUGUAUUUAGGUUUGAUUGGAAUGACCAUAAAUGGGAGGAUUUGGCGAGUCUGGAUGACAAAGUGUUACAUUUGGGGGAGAAUUCAUCAUUGGCGCUGCUGGCAAGUGAUUUCAGAGGGUGUAGAGGAAAUAUGAUCUAUUUUACUGAUGAUUAUUCUGGGACAAAUGCUGAUAGUUUUGUUGGAGAUCAUGAUGUUGGUGUUUAUAACUUGGCGGAUGGGAGUAUUCAUGAGCUUCCCUGUUAUCCGCGGAAUUCACAUUGGCCGAUUUGGAUCACUCCAAGUUUAUGCUAAACAUAAUAAGGAUUUUGAGAGGAGCAGCUUUGGUUUGAUGCAUUUGGAUGUGUGGUUUAUUGGUAUCAACUGUGUCGGACAGUAUGACACUGUUGGGUUGUGUUAUCGUGAAAUAACGUUGAUACUAGCAGAUUUUAGCAAUGCUUGGCUUGAUGACUCGUGUAGAUGAUCUAUUUGCAAAAUCUGCCGAGGCUUUUUACUUGAGUCGCUGGUGGGGCUCGUGGAUAUCAUAAUUUAGUUCCACUUGUGGAAUUUGUAUAGUAGUAUAACUUUAAAUUAUUGUAGCAUGGCCUACCACUCUUAUCUAGUUUUUCGGAGCCGUUUCUGACAAAGAUGUCCAUUUUCUUCA